UUAUUUGAAACCAGGGGUUGAUACGGGUGGUGAACAAGGAACAACUGAAGUCUGAAACACCAAACAAUGUCGGAAUUAUAUCCUACCAACCGUUGGAUAAAGUAUGGAUUACGGCCGGAAAGGGGGUGAACGUCAUAACUAAUGCACAGAAUGUUAGAUACUACAAAGUUAAAGGGAAUCGUCUGAGUCAGACGAAUUUUGUUGGCUAUCGUGUACUCGACAGAGCAUCCAAAUAUAUGUCAGGGAACUGGAAGAGUGGAACACAAGAUCUAACUAACGAUUUCGAUAAACCCAAAGUAAAUAAACCAAUCCGUAUCCACAAGACUCUACAUCCUCCAGUCAGAAUGUACAAGAAAAUUAUUAAUGAAGCUGGGCAUUUAAAUCUUGCGAUUGGGUCACAGUGGAAAAAAGUGCUUGGGAACAAAGAAACGACUAUACUCUGCAAAAAAGAGGCGACAAAUGAAAAAUACACGCCAGAACUGAAGGCUAAUAAUGUCUCAGCCAAUUUCGAUUCUUAUUUUGACUUGGUGUCUCAAGAAGUCUGGAUAUGUCUUGUAUAUGAGGGUGAUAUGAAAGAGACAAUUCGAAGGGUUGUGAGUACGUUUAAAAUCGACUAUGAAAAAAUUAAGCAGUUUUCUGUGAAACACCUAUACUUUUACGAUGGGAUAGCUGUGAGUUAUGGAAAAUAUAAACCUGAAGGCAAACCAGAAACAUCAAUAUUGGAGAUAGGGGAAGUGAAAUAUCUUGAUUCGACUGACAAUACUGUUCUCAAGUAUGAGGGAUUGACAAAACUAUCGGAAGGAUUAGCAACUAAUCUCUCUAAUAACCGAUUGUUAUCUAAUGGAGAAGAGAGGAGAGAUUUCGUGUUGCACGAUGUGCUGGGUGCUGAUGGAGUUUUCAAAACUGAUGUUGGCUCCUCAGGCAUAAUUGUUGAAGCUGGUGCAAAGAUUCCCGAAGACGCUGAACUUAUUCUCGAUAAUCUGGAAUGCACUUAUCAGGAGCCAACAUCAGUACAAGGAUAUAGCCAAGAAUUGCUACUGAACCAAUAUUAUGUAACGAAAAUUUUCCAUUAUGGCAAGGAUGGUAAUACGAACUUUGUGAAACGCACAGAGGUGCCAUUCGAGUCGUUUGCCAGUUGGUUUGAGAGAAUUGAUACCUCCUCAAAUGGUGAACAAAUAAUGCACACGUGUAAAAGUAAGGGAAAUACAUACUUAAGAGUGAUGACAAGGCUGGUAUUUCUGAGCUCAAUCAAUUUAGCUGCCGUAUAUCAUUAUGAUGGUGUGACUAUUCAUACACACCCGAACCAGCAAAGCCCUGAAAUAACAGAGGUCAAAUUUUAUAAACAACAGGGAAGUUCUAUGGAAUUGGUGAAAUUUGACGGCUUCGUGAGCUAUAAAAAAAAUGAAAAUCAACCACGAGAUAGAUCAGUGGAUUACGUUGGGUCAGGCACAAUACAUGAGAUUCGCUAUUACCUGGAUACUCCAAUUUUGCACUUCAAAGAAGGUUUCCACGUGGAAAGGGGAGUCGCCAUUGAGAUUGGCUCUCAACCUGAAGAAACAUUCGAAACUCUUAAAGGGGAAAAAGUCAUUUGCGUAGAGGUUAAGGAUCAGCAACUGCAGAAAAUUCAUGCAACAAAGGUGUUCACGAAUUUCCCAGUGGAUGUUUCACAAGCAACUCGAUCGAGGGAAAGAAAAGGGCGAGGAAGGCGUUCGGCAUCACUUCCUCCCACUCCGACACCGUCUACAAGUCCGAACAGAAAGCAUUGGGCAGCGAUAAACAAAGAUUUCAAUGGCCACUUCUACGAACGGUCUCAAAGACUGUGGACUUGUACGAAGGAAUCGGAACUCGUGUUUCAUGCAGUGAUUAAUGUGAUGGUGAUGGCUGAUGAACUACACCUAGCUCGAGUAUUCCUCAGGGACGGUGUCAAGGUGGACGUCGUCACACUUCCUGAUAAUCUAAAGAUCAUAGAAACAACUGAACUCAAAUUCUUCACAGUUGAUGAACAAUCUAAUAUCAAAAUCAUUUCAUAUGUUGGCGACAUCGUAUUUGAAACCACCGAACAUCCAAUACUAGGCAAACUUUUCAGUGGAAGCUAUGAAUCCAAGAUUAACAGACUGUUUUCUGAGGAGGCUAUUGUGGAAGAAGGCUAUUCUUACAUCCAGCUGUUGGCAUACUAUCAUAUAGUGGAAGGUUUUAAUAAAAAACUAAGUGGGAACGGAAAUAGCAGUACCAGUAAUAAAGGAGUUCCAUCCGCACCAAUACCGGAAACAAUCACGUACAUGCCAAAAGGAGAAACCAAAAUAAAGGACUUGGAUACAUUCAUACCAACGUAUGAAUUAAUAAACUCUGAUAAAAGGGCCUUGGAACUGGGCUUCACUGGAGGUCACCGAGUCCAACACCUCGGUCACCGGCUGUCUAUGGCUCCCAGGCAUGUGAUCUCCGGGACGGGAGAAGCGUUCCCAAUCCCUAUUGGAUGUCCUCUUACUAUUCCACUCGUAAUCGACAAGAUAAAAGGGCCCUGGAACUGGGCUUUACUGGAGGUCACCGAGUCCAACACCUCCGUCACCGGCUGUCUGUGGCUCUUCUCGCCAGCGCUGUACCUCGAUGCCACACAUGUUCUUCCUUAA